AAUAUUUAAUAAAAUUUUCUUACAAAUUAGCAUAGCUAGGUUCAAGGAACGAGAAAACGAGAAUCUCCAAAUAUUCUCGGGAAAAGAAAAAAAAACCCUCAGAUUUCUAAAACGAUUCGGCUUUUUUUUUUUUUUGGAAUUGUUUGUUUGUGGUUUUCGAAUUCUGGGUCGUCAUCAUCAUCUUCACUGCAACUUCGCUUUUUUUUUUUUUGGCCUAUAGUUUGUCUCAGGUAACAACAAACUCAACUAACGCCCGUGACUCAUUCAUCAAAACCUAAUUAUUAAUUCAUUUCUUGUUGCUUUUGCUUCAAGUUGUUUCUAUUGUAAUUUUUUUCUUUUCUUUUCAUCUUUUGUAAGAAAAAUGAGAAAAAAAAGUUGUGAUUGUGGCUCUAGUAACGGCUUGUUGAAUAUUCGAUAGUUUUCCAGCUAAUAAUAGAAUCAGAGAGUUUCUUUUCUGAUGGGUUUUUUCAUUUUGAUUUUGCUUUUAUUGAAUACAGAAACCUCUGUUUUGUUUUCAAAUUUGAAGCUGAACUUGAAUGAUAUGUAGUUUUGUGAUUGGAGGACAAAGUUGUUUUAUUUGAUUGAAUUUUGGAGAAUUUAGGGGUUUGGAUUAGGGUUUUUUUAUUUAUUUAAAUUUUUAGCUGAUUACAUCGAAACAGCUUAUAUAUUUGACUGGGUUUUGUACAGGAUUAAAGGGUUUUCUUUUAUUGAUCUGGGUUUGUGAUUUUGGGGUAUUAAGUGGUCAACAAAGCUGUUGCUUAUUUUAUACAUUCGGUGUUUGAUGCUACUGCUAUUAAGGGUUUGAUCUUUGAUUCAAAUCAUGAAUUAGAGCCUUUUGACUAAUUAUGGAUCCUAAUUAAUAAGGGAUGACAAACUCCGGUCGGCUGCAUACGGUAUAAGGGCGAGAUUGAUGGUUGGAGUGAGGAUGUUAGUUUCUAAGUUCUGAGAUUUAUGAGGAAAUUGUUGAAGUUGGUUGACAUUUGACUGUUGGGGAACCAAACAUAGGGUGUUUGAGAUUAGAUACAGUGGAAUUUGGGUAUGGAUGAUGCUCAGGGCAGCUCAAGUUCGCUCCCUCCUUUCCUUGCGAAGACGUAUGAGAUGGUGGAUGAUCCUUCCACAGAUUCUAUCGUGUCCUGGAGUGCAAGUGAUAAGAGUUUCGUUGUAUGGAAUCCUCCUGAGUUUGCAAGAGAUUUACUUCCGAGAUUCUUCAAGCACAAUAACUUUUCUAGCUUUAUCAGACAGCUUAAUACAUAUGGUUUCAGGAAAAUUGAUCCAGAGCAGUGGGAAUUUGCGAAUGAUGAUUUUAUAAGAGGUCAGCCUCAUCUUCUGAAAAACAUACAUAGACGCAAACCGGUUCAUAGUUAUUCCAUGCAGAGUCACUUAGGUCAAGGAGCAUCUUCAUUAACGGAAUCAGAGAGACAGAAUUUAAGAGAUGAGAUCGAGAGACUUAAGAAUGAAAAAGAGUUGCUUGCUUUAGAGUUAAAGAGGCAUGAACAGGAGCGUCAAGGAUUUCAGUUGCAAAUGCGGCUUUUGAGGGAGCGUUUACAAGAUAUGGAACGGCGGCAACAAAUUAUGAUGUCUUCCGUGGCUCGUGUCUUGCAGAAACCAGGAGGUGCCAUAAAUCUGACCCCACAAUUGGAGACUAACGACAGAAAGAGAAGGUUGACUAGAAUUGCCUACUUAUAUGAUGAAGCCGGGAUCGAAGAUAGUCAGACAGGCAAUUCCCUAAUUGCUAGAGAAAAUGUAGAUAGUACAUCAUUGUCUAAUAUGGAGCCAUUUGAACAAUUAGAGUCAUCCAUGGUGUUUUGGGAGAAUGCGGUACACGAUUUUGGUCAAACCAACAUUCAACAUGAGUCAAACCUUGAAUUGGAUGAAUCAACAAGUUGUGUAGAUACCCCAGCAAUAUCUUGCAUACAGCUUAAUAUCGAUGCUCGACUUAAAUCCCCUGGGAUUGACAUGAACUCUGAGCCUGCUUUCGUUGUUGUUUCUGAGCCUAUUACAGCAAGGGAACAAACUGCAGGAACUACUGCACCUGCAACAACUGGGGUUAAUGAUAUAUUUUGGGAACAAUUUUUGACUGAAAAUCCCGGUUCAACCGAUACACAGGAAGUUCAGUCAGAAAGAAAAGAUUCCGAUGCUAGUAAGAACGAAAGCAAACCCGGUGAUCAUGGUAAAUUUUGGUGGAAUACGAAGAAUGUAAAUAACCUUGCAGAACAGAUGGGGCAUCUUACUCCUGCGGAGAGAACGUGAUAUCGGUUGACUAUUCUUUUUACACCUUUUGGUGCCUCAGUAUUUCAGAUGUAUUAAGUUUAGGUAUGAUUGGUUUGAAAACUAAAGCAUGUCAUUAAUAUUCACUUGUUCAUUUUAUUUUUAGGUGCUGUAUACAUGGCUGUUUGUUUUUACCGCUUCAAUAUAGUUCAGAUUCACAUAUUUUUUUUAGAAUAA